AGUGAUGUGCAUAAAAACUUAAAUUUGGGAUAAACAAAACAUAGUAAGAACAAUACAAAAAAUUUAAAUCUCUUCCACUACGAAUUCCCUAAUGCCAUUCGUCUCACCGACAAUUCUGUGCGAUCUUGAACUGCGCUUGUCUACAUUUUUUAUGUCAUCGAAAAAAUCGCCGACUGAGCUGCUUCGCAGGUAAACUGAAAAUUAUCUAAUCCAGUGCGGCCCAAGGAUUGAAACAAACUCCGGUGUUCUGUACGUAAUGAGAAAAUACCAGCAGCUAGCUUUAGUGCUAAUAUCGAUCAGCUGCGUAGCAAUUCUUUUAGUAUACAAAAGCGAAAACAAUCGUCUGAAGUAUGUGCUAGAAGUGGUCAAUAUAUUCGGUCGCAAUGAUGUUGCUUCGUUGAUCCGGGUUGACAACAGUAGCCGUUUCCGACCGUCGCCAUACGAUUUAGAUAGUCCACUGCCAGUAUGGCAACGUGUUGGAGACGAUAUUUUCGUGUAUUCAGCGUUCUGGCAGAAAAAUGAGCUGGAAGUCGGAGGAACCGUCGUAAGUUUGGCUGUUGGAUUAGAACAGUCAAUCGUCAACUUUAAAUGCCAGGUGCAACACAGCGGCAAGGAAGUUGUAUCAGGAAAAUUUUUAUUCGAACGACUGGAUAAUCCAACCGGUUCGGUGGUGGCACCCAACGGUGAAGUGUUUGUAAUCUAUAAGUUUCUCUGCAAAGUGAAGCGGGAUUUUGGUCAUCCAACAGAAGUAAUUUUCACCGAUGCGACACAUUCGACAAAAAGAUUCAUCCCGUUGCGCGUGAUCGAGAGCAAAUUGGUUUCUCAAAAGCUAACCAUAACUGCCUGUGUGGACUUGAAUAAUUAUUUGGAAUUGGAAGAAGAAUUUCGCAAACCAUCCGCAGUUCUUCAAUAUUUCUUGCAUCAUCAAAUUGUUGGUGUGGAUGAUUUCAUAGUGUAUAAUAGUAACAGUCUGGAUUCUACAACGACGUCGAUUCUAUACAAUCACGGUAUUAAAGUCAACCUACUGCCUUACAACUUCCCGUUCGAUCUGGCGAGCAAACAACAGAACCGACGAAUUAUUGAACUAGACUGUCUUAUGCGGAACUACAAUGCUGCCAAAUACACCUUUGUAGGCGGCAUAAAUGAGUAUCUCUAUCCGAAUUCGCGUCUUCGCAAUAAUAACCAGUUCCUUAAAUACGUCGGGAAACUAUCAACUGAUGUUACAGAGUUCUCCGUUUCGCUCAGAACGGUUUGCAUAGACAGCAGAAAGAAGAUAUUCUCCGACAAUAUGCUUUACGAUGUGGAAUCUCGGAACGAUCGUACGUUCCUUGUGUAUCGACCCCAAAACUACAUCCGAACAGGAUCUCAGGAAUUUGCCAAAUCAUUGAAUGUGGACGGUAAAAUCAUGUUUGUUCAUCGAUACGUAGAAAAAUGUGCCAGCAAAUCGGGUUUGUACGACUGGACUACGGUUCUGGAUGAGGAUUUCCUCCAGUAUGUCACCGACAUCGGAAAAGAGCUGAACAAGUUGAUAUUCCGAUGAAGUCAAUUCUAGUAACAUCAAUCGCAUAUUAGUUUCAUCAACAUGGCUGAUGGAAGUUUCAUUGAAUGCACAAUAUACAGCGUUCGCACAAGUAAUUUUUGAGUAGAAUAGCAAUCGUAACGAUUACUUUUUAGGGCUAUUAUAGGAUACAACGAGUUUGUAAAUAGGAUAUCAUAUACGAAAAUCUUGACACAUUAACUAGCUCGAGUAGAAACUAGAGUCGUUCUUACUA